UUACACAGUUUUUACAAACAGUUUGACCUUGUUUUGUGUGUCACAGAUAUCCUGUUUGGGUCAAGAGAACAUUCUCUUGGUUUGGGUAGAAAUAUUUUAAUUAAACACUGCGUGGACAGGAGCCCAUUCCGAUAACAAGGAACCGUCACUGACAGUAAGUAUGCUACGGGGAAUCAAUUUUACAAGAGCUGCAGCCACAAUGGACGUCAUUCUAUCCCGUUUUCUGGUUUUGAAGUGUCUUCUCUUCAACUUUUUUCUCCUAGAUUUUCAGGCACAAUCAUGUUUAGGACAAAACGACGUGUUUCUGCCAUCACCUAUGGUAAAGACAUUACAACCCGAGGUCGGGACCUCAACUCCUCUGCCCGUGACCGAGAGAAACCUGUGGGGAAUGAGAUUGUGGCAAGUGGCGGGGUUAGCAUUUGUGUCCACCGUUGUGCUUGUCACAUUUUGUUGCUGUCUCUGUGACUGUCGUGUCCCUAAGACUACUUAUGAUAAGGAAGACAAGCCACAAGAAGACAGUGACUGCAGUGACACCGAACCAGCGGUUGCCGUUCGUCGAGCACCAGCGAUGAUACCAGAGCAGGAGCCACAGGGCGGGAAAGAGCUGGUCAAUGGCUCUGCUCCACAGAAACUUCACAGGGGCUUCAGUGAACACGAGAUAGGAAAAGCAAAUUCCGCUUUCGAGAACGACGGCGAACAUUCUGCUUUGCAUCAUGAAAACUGGAAAGGAAAGCCGCGUAUUUCUUUCAGCCGGCAGCCCUAAAACCUAUCACGGUACUGAUAUCAAACUGAGGGGAAGGGGGGUGGGGCUGAG